UGAAAAGGACAAGAAGCCAUUACUAUUAGGUUUUUUAGAUCCGGUUAAAGGACACCGUAUUUCACUUACCCAAACACCCUAUCUCUAUCUCUCUUUCUCCAGCAGUUGAGCCCAAACCCGACUGUGUCGAACCCUUAGUUGCUAGAUCUCACAAAGGUCAGAUACUAUGGAGGAAUCGAAAGAGGGAGUUGUUUUGGUGGGUAGUGUUUCAGAACCUAUGGAGAUAGCUGGUGAUGAUAGUGAAACGCUAAUGGAGUCCAUGGAUACUGAGGUUCAGGGUGAAGGCCAGAUUGAGGGGUGUUCAACUGAGGAAGGCCAGAUUGAGGGGUCUUCAACUGAGGAGGAGGUGCUGGAGGAGGGUGAGUUAUGUGACAAAGGGGAUGUUAUGGAUUCUGGUGGUGAUGUGUCAGCUUUGGGGACUGAGACUGGGGUGGAAGAUUCUCCCAUGCUCAGUGAUCCAUCAGAAGGCCAAAAUCAAGGGGCGGAUGUGAUUCGGGAGGAGAGUGUGGAGAGAGAUGACGAAACAACUGAUGGUAAAGGUGUUGUAACUGAUGACAAGGAGUCUUUGCAAGUAGAAAGUAUCAAUGAUGAAACUCAGGAUGACAGGAUUGGAACUCAUGCUGAUGGUACUGCUGAAGCUGUGAGUUCAACCGAGGUAGAAAGCCAGAAUCUUCAGGCAGUUGAGGUGGUUGCAAGGGAAGGUGAUGCGAAUGCGAAUGUUCAGGCAGUGGGAGAGGAAGAAGCACAGGCCACAAAGGAAGCUGCUAAUGUUAAAGGUGAGGAAAAUUCAAGUGGCAUAUUGGUUGUGGAGGAUAUAGACAAAGCGAAAAUGGUUGAUGAUGGAGUUGACGCGGUGCAAGAUAUCAAAAUGCCAGAGGCUGAUAAUUCAGUUAAUGGAAUACAGAAUUCUGCGUCUAAAACUGAAGUUACGGAACAUAACCAAGCUACAGAAGAGGAAGCAGCAGCAUCCUCGAAACAGGAGGACGCUGAAGGUGGUAAUUCUUCGGAUGGGAAUUCUAAUAAUUCAAACGAGGAAGAGAUUUCGGUUACUAAGGGAGUCUGUGGGGAACCUGAAAGGGAAGCUGUUAAUAGCACAGGGCCAGGAUCAUUGGAUGAACAUAAAAUAGGUACUUCAGAAGGAGAAUUUGCUGUAGUUAGUAAUGAGAAGUUUACGUGCUCCAAAGUUGAAGGUAUGGAUAUUGAUACUUUCAAUGAAAAUUUAUAUUUUACAUUGGAGGAACUUACAUCACAUGGUGUGUCAAAUGGUGGAAGCACUGAAAAUCACUGUAACCUGAUUGCAGAUUCCUUACCUUUGUCUGAGCCUGUCCAAGUAUCUAGUGGUCUUGAAACUGCUGCAGUGGAUGACAAGGCACUUUCAAACUCUGACAAAGACGACUUGGAUCAGAGCAUGGCUCAUGAUGAUGCCCAUGUGGAUUCUACAUUAGAUCCCUGCAAUGGUUUUGACAAACAAGUUACUCAAGCUAAACGGGUCGAUUUCCAUGAAGAGUUGGAAACAGAAGUUGAACAGAGGCAGUCAAUGGCCGAGACAGUUAAUGGAGACAGUGGAAUCCAUCGUCAUGUGCAUGUAGAUGCAACCUCAGGUCAAUCUAGUCCAGUGGUUGUCGGAGAUAAAAUUGUGGUAAAUUCCUGUCCAAAUGUUGAGAUUUCUGAUUAUGUUGACAUGGAUGUGAUGCUAUCUUGCUCGGGAAAGGAGCAGAAUUUAACUGCUGAAACAGUGUCUGGAGGGACUGUAUCAGAUUUUCAAGCCAUUGAUGGAGAUGCAGAAAUUGCAUCAGAGCCUCUUGAAACUGAAGACGGUGCUGCUGACAGUGUACUGCGGGUUAUACAAGGAGCGGCAGUAGAAGGAACUGAGAUUAUGGGUCCUGGUGCAAUUUAUCGGCCAUUGAAGUCUGGUGAAACUGUUGAUGAGAAUGCAGCCCGUGAUGAUUUGGAGAUUAAUUCAAAUGUGGUAGCUGAUCAUCCGCACAAUGAGCAAAUUUCCCCUGGUCAGGAGAUUUUGGCUAUACAAAAAGGUCCUUCUCACAAGCGUAAACACAAUUUGAAGGAUAGUGAUUAUCUUGGGAAAAAAGAGAGAAGCGUUUCUGAAUUGAUGCAUGAAGAAUGGGAUUCUAAUGAGGAUAAAUUUGAGCCUGAUGGAAAAUCAGCCAAUAAACGGAGGGCUGUUGAUUCCUUUGCAGGUGACUCUGCAAAUCAAGAAGGGAGAAAAACUAUUUCCUUUGCAAAAGUAUCCUUAAUUACCCCAUCUAUUCCUAAGCCUUCCUUUAAGAUUGGUGAGUGCAUUCGUAGAGUAGCCCCGUCUAUUUUAAAAUGUAACAGUGAGAAGUUGCAGAAGCUAGAUGGCAGCAGUGACCGACUUUUGGGGGAUGGAUUGGAUGCUUCUUUCCAUAUUGUUGAGGAUGCGGAAAAAAUUGGGAUGAUUGUUCCGGUAGAAUACUCAUCACCGGAUGAAUUGCUAUCGCAACUUCACUUGGCUGCUAGAGAUCCUUUUGGAGAAUAUGAAUUUUCAAAUGUCACUGCUAGUUUCUUCUCCGAUUUUAGGAACUCAGUAGUUUUAGAACAGGUUUCAGUUAUGGAGAAAGCUGGUAGAAAAAGAAGAAUGUCCCAUCCUUUGGGUGAUUCUCCUGAAACAUUUGAAUUUGAUGACAUGAGCGACACUUAUUGGACAGACCGGAUUAUCCAAAAUGGCUCUGAGGAACAACCAUUGCGUAAAAGUAGAAAACGAGAAAUUGAUCCCAUCCAAGGUAAUCGUAGAUCGUACUCUAGGAGGCAAUACUCUGACCCUAAUGAUAUGGCAGCACGAAAACAAAUUGGUUAUGUGGAUGAGAAUGCACCUGCUGAACUGGUGAUGAAUUUCUCUGAGGUGGAUACUGUUCCUUCAGAAAUUGAAUUAAGUAAUAUGUUCAAGCAUUUUGGACCUCUAAAGGAAUCCGAGACAGAAGUUGAUAAGGAGGCCAGCCGUGCCAGAGUGGUUUUCAAGAGGUGUUCUGAUGCAGAAGUUGCUUUCAGCAGUGCCGGAAAGUUUGGCAUUUUUGGUCCGGUUGCUGUAAACUACCAGCUUAAUUACACUGUAUUAGGACCUUUUAGAACUCCACUGGUGGCUACAACACAGGGAGAUGAAGAUACAACUCUAUACCUAGAGUAUUGAGUAUUGACCAUUAAUCUGAUCUCAAAGUUUCAGGGUUUGCCGGAGGCAUCCCAGUCCACUAGUUCAUCUGGUUAUCUACAGUUAUGGCUCAUCCUUUUGUUUCCUUCACCCAGUUUGCAUCAAAUGGUUCUCAUCUGGAUAUUGGCGUAUCGCUUGCACGGCUGAUAAGUGAUGACAAUAUAAAGUAAAGUUUCUGACUUGUUCUUCAUGCUUUCUAUCCUCGACGACAAGUACAAAGAUUCGGUUAUGAAAUUGUGACACCCAUUUAUCAUAAUGGAACAUCCUUCUACCUGUUAAUUUAUGGAUUUGAAUUUGUAGAUAUUCUAAUACGGUGGAGGAGUAUGCUUCUUUUUAUCAGUCGAGUCUUAACAAGCAUUAGCGACUAGAUUCCUGUUAUUUAGGCAGGGUUAGUUCCAUUUUCAAGUACUGUGUUUGUCUUGCGGUUUGCCGUACAAUAUGCAGUUAAUUAUCUCCUUUUUGCAUCAUUUAGGCUGCA